CGUUCACGGCUCCGACUGUCCAUCUAAUCUUCCAUCUACAUAUCAUGGCUGCAAGACCAACUGUUCUCUUGACUGGCGCGUCCAAAGGGCUAGGUCUUGCUAUCACGCAGAUCCUAUUGGACACCUUCAACGCAAACGUUGUAGCGCUAUCUCGUACCAGGGGAGCCGCUCUCCAGAGCCUUGUCGACGCUCAUCAGGACUCUCUGCUGGCGCUCGAAUGCGAUGUUACCGAUGCCGCUGCUGUUGGCUCCGCUGUAUCUCGUGGUCUGGACAAAUACAAGGGCAUUGAUGGUGUCAUCUUGAACGCUGGAGUGCUCGAACCGAUGGGCAAAAUCGCCUCGGAUGACAUUCCCAUCGAACAGUGGAAGCAGCAUUUCGACGUCAACUUCUUCUCACUAGUCGCUGCCGUCCGCGCCACCCUCCCGGCACUACGCAAGAGCUCGCAUGGAGGACGCGUGGUGUUCAUGAGCUCCGGCGCCGCAACUGGGAGCACUCCGGGCUGGGGUCCGUAUAAUGCGAGCAAGGCAGCUAUGAACAGUUUGUGCAGGACGAUUGCCCGAGAAGAGCCUGAUGUGACCUUUGUUGCAUUACGACCGGGAAUGGUCAACACCGAGAUGCAAGCCCUCAUACGCGAGAGAGGUCCUGCGACCAUGCCUGCAGAGUCGCUCCAAACCUUCGUCAACGCCCACGCCAAGGGCAAACUGGUCGCCCCCGAGGACUCCGGUCACGUCGCAGCAGCACUUGCUUUGAAGGCGUCGAAGUCUCUGAGCGGUCAAUUCGUCAGUUGGAAUGAUGACUUGCUCAAAGAGUUCCGAAAGGCAUGAAUGGAAGUUGCAGCAGUCGAUGUUCCUCUUAACACCAACUUAACUAAAGCUACAUCAAUCAAAACUGGUGGUCAAGUC